AUGAUGCAUCACAGGAGGCAAGGGAAGAGGAACCUUGAGAAAGAAGAGGACGACAUAUUUCCAGUGUACUCACAUCAGUCACAAGAGGAUAUGACAGCCAUCGUCUCCGCCCUAUCUCAAGUCAUCGGUGGUGAAGACACAGCCACAGCCACUGAUCAUCAUCCUAAUCAAAUCUCCUCCUACUCCGCUUCCUCUGCUACUCCAAACCAACCACCACCCAACGCCAUUCAACAAUCACCAGAAGGGACCCAAAGAAGAAGACACUAUAGAGGCGUAAGACAACGGCCAUGGGGGAAAUGGGCUGCUGAGAUACGUGACCCACAGAAGGCGGCAAGAGUGUGGCUUGGCACAUUUGAGACGGCGGAGGCAGCAGCCAUUGCAUACGAUGAAGCUGCUCUUAGAUUCAAAGGCAAUAAAGCAAAGCUCAAUUUCCCAGAACGAGUUCAACCAGGGCGUUCUGAGUUAGGCUAUCUAACCACUCGUCCUCACCACCUACAGCCACCACCUAUGCAGCCUGAUCAGCAACUGUAUCACACCACCAUGCCUCCUAAUUAUGAUCUUCAUUACUCACAAUCACAGUUUUAUCUGGAAGCAAAUGAUCAAAUGGGUUAUAAUACAAAUUAUAGUUUGCAAUCUCCUUCGUCACCUUCAACAAAUCUACAGGGAAGUUCAUCUAGUUUUGGAUCUAUGCAAUACUGGCAAGAUUUUGAUCCAAGAAAUUACUAA